GAGUUGUAUAGGAAGUUCGUGCUUUAUUCUGACUAGUCAAGCUGAUAAGAAGGAGAACAUGAAUGCUUUUUCACACGUUCCCCCUGGUUUUCGGUUUCACCCAACUGAUGAAGAACUUGUCGAUUACUACCUCCGGAGAAAGAUUGCUUCAAGAAGGUUUGACCUCGAUGUGAUUAAAGAGGUUGACCUCUAUAAGAUUGAGCCAUGGGAUCUUCAAGAAUUAUGCAAGAUAGGAUCAGAAGAGCAAAGUGACUGGUAUUUUUUUAGCCAUAAAGACAAGAAAUAUCCAACCGGAACUCGCACAAAUAGAGCAACCGCAGCAGGAUUUUGGAAAGCAACGGGAAGAGACAAGGCUAUUUAUUCUAAGCAUGACUUGAUAGGAAUGAGGAAGACCUUAGUUUUCUACAAGGGUCGAGCCCCAAAUGGACAAAAGUCAGACUGGAUUAUGCAUGAAUACCGGCUUGAAACAGAUGAAAAUGGGACUCCACAGGAAGAAGGUUGGGUUGUUUGUAGGGUUUUCAAGAAGAAAAUAGCAACCAGCAAUAUGCAUAGAGCGAGUGAACACGAAUUGCCAUGUUGGUAUGAUGAACAGGUCUCCUUCAUGCCUGACUUAGAAUCUCCAAAGCAGAACUCCAACUCUCAUUUGGCUAAUAAUAAUUACCAACUUCCCUAUCCUUGCAAGAAAGAGCUUGAUCAUCACUUGCCCUACCAACUUCCUCAAGAGCACUUCCUUCCCCUUCUAGAGAGCCCAAAACUUUUCCAGUCGACCGCCACGAUGAGCUCCACCACGCCUUCCGUGGCAUCGUAUAGUUUACUUCUCAACCAUGCUUCUGCUUUGCAUUCCUCAUCUCUUAGACAAGGAGAAGAAAUUCAACAUUCCCAUGACCAAAACUUUAACCCUGUUGUUCAUGGAAGUAAUUACAAUAAUGUGCAAAUUGUGGAUAAUCAUGAUCAAGUAACAGAUUGGAGGGUUUUGGACAAGUUUGUAGCAUCACAACUCAGCCAAGAAGAUGUGUCAAGGGAAAAUAGCUUUUCUAAUGCACAAAGUAACAGCCUCCAUGCGCCGAACAAUGCAAAUGUGAUUGACAGACACUGGGAGAAACAAGAACAGGUGCCGGAAAAUGCCUCAUCGUCGGCCUCUUGUCAAAUUGAACUGUGGAAGUGAACUUAUCUAAACUAAUAUUUGGUGUCAUAUACUAAUAAUAUAUAUAAAUAGGAUUUUAUAUAUAUGUUGAAAAGGGAAAAAAAAAAGUUAAAGGAAGUCAUUCUUCAAAUUCCUGUACAUAAUAAAAC